AUGUCAGACGCCAAACCUACUUCCUCCAUUGCCAUACUCGGCGCUGGCGAUGUUGGCGCAACGAUUGCGUAUAGUCUCAUCAUGAACCCCGUCGCCGGCGACAUUCUGCUCGUCGAUCCCAAAGAAGAAGUCAGAGAUGCACAGGUAGCAGACCUUUCAGACGCAACCUUCCAUGGAAACACCACCACGCGCGUAAGAUCGGGGACGCACAAGGAGGCGGGACAGUGCGACAUUGUCGUCAUUGCAGCGGGCGCCAAGCAAAAAAAGGGCGAGAGCAGAACCGAUCUCAUCGGGCGCAACAAAUCUAUCUUGGAAUCUGCAAUUUCCGACAUGAAGCCUUUCCGCGAGGAUACCGUCUUGUUGCUCGUUGCCAAUCCCGUCGACGUGCUUACUUAUUUCGCGCAACAAUACUCGGACUUGCCACGCCAGCAGGUCAUUGGAUCGGGAACGUUUCUCGAUUCUGCGCGGCUGAGGGGCAUUUUGGCGAAGAAGGCGGAGGUCGCGGCGAGUAGCAUCGAUGCCUAUGUGCUGGGUGAACAUGGGGAAUCGCAGUUUGUUGCGUGGAGUCUAGCGAGCAUCGGGGGUGUGCCCCUCUCGUCUGCUCUGUCUUCUCUUGAUCGUGCAGCAGACAAGACGGCCAUUGCAGACGAGACGAAGAACAAAGCCACGUCCAUCAUCGAGAACAAAGGUGCGACCAACUAUGGUAUCGGAGGCGUUGCGGCAUCGAUUUGUAAAUCUAUUCUCUUUGACGAGAAGAUUGUGAGGCCGGUGAGCUACUACCAGGAUGGACUGGGUGUGUGUCUUAGUAUGCCGGCGGUUCUGGGUAGGGGUGGCAUUGUGAGGAGUGUGCCGAUGCCGCUUGAUGGUGAGGAGAAGAGGUUGUUGGAGAAGAGUGCCAAGACGCUCAAGGAGGUUAUCAAUGCUUGA